AUGUCUUCCCUUAAGAUUAUAUCAAAUGGCUUUACAGCUCAAGUUUCAUUCCGGGCUGAGUUUUUACCCGAACAGAUCUUUACAGCUUAUAGGCGGGUUAAAAUCUCAGCCCAGGCUAAUUCAGGCCGGGCUGAAAAUGAUGUUAGAACUUCCACUAUUCAUUGGAUUGGGUAUAAGCGGCAUUUUCUUAGGACAACUGUUGUACAUACUUGGUUCGUGUGUAAAAUCGAGGCAUUUCCCCGAAUAACAACAAAGGCAGGCGCCGCUAAGAUAUUUGGCAUUCUUAUCGCAACAGGUGGUGCUAUCAUAAUGAAUUUUGGGAAAAGUUCCAAGAAAAAUGGCCUGCAAAACAAUACUUCGGAUGCAUUGUCGCUCUUUGGUUAUUUAGCUUUAUUAUCAUCUACUAUGUGCUCGGCAUUUUACAUCGUUUUGCAAAAGAAAUACAUAUUUUCUGUUCCAACCUCGAGAUGGCGGGAUUUACCCAUAUCAGUUACUGCUUGGGCGUACUUUUUCGGUGCCGUAUUUUCAGCAAUUACGUCAUUGUAUUACGCUAACCGGCCUGAUAAAUUCCACAUGGAGUCUGCAGGUGUUCUCUAUACGUUGAUUUACGCAGUCUUUGUCACCUCCGCGUUAUGUUACAUGUUCGUGACGUGGUGCAACAUGCAAGUUAGUGCGCCUUUGGUGUCCGCAGCUGUGCCACUGCAAGUUUUUUUCUGCGUCAUUAUAUCAUACAUUGUGUUGGGGGAGACUGUGUCAGCUCUUGAAGUUGUUGGAGGACUGAUGAUUAUCUUUGCUUUGUUAUCUGUGGUGUGGUCAAAUUAUCAGGACAGAAAUAUGGUACUUGAUAAAGAAGAGCUCAUCUUGCCUUAUAGUGAACAAGCAGAAAAAAAACUGUUGAGAAAUAAGGAGGAGAACAAUGAGGAGAGAGAGCCAAAUAAAAUUUAG